ACGGUGUUUGUCGGAAAGAACAAACCGCAGAAAAAUCCGCUGAGCUCCUUCCGCUGGCAGGGCUUCAAGCUGGAGGAAUAUCUCAUUGGCCAACCCAUCGGGAAGGGCUGCAGCGGCGCAGUGUACGAAGCAGCGAUUCCUUUCUCUCGCGAUUGUCAGGGGAGUGCGGAGAGCAGCCGCGUCGCAGGGCAGGGGGAUCGUGGCUCGGCUUCACAGGCGGCUGAAGAGGAGCCCGGAGAGAAACACCAACAGGCUUUCCCGCUAGCUAUCAAAAUGUUGUGGAAUAUUUCGGCGGGUUCAUCAAGCGAAGCCAUCCUCAAUGCCAUGGGCCCGGAGCUUGUUCCAGCCACGGGGAUGGCCUUAGCGGGAGAAUACGGAGCCGUCCCUGGAUGCAGAAAACCUGUCCUGGGGAGGAAGAAGCUACAACCUCAUCCAAAUAUCAUCCAGGUGAUUCGAGCGUUCACAUCCUCAGUCCCUUUGCUGCCCGGAGCCUUCACAGACUAUCCCGAUGUUCUUCCGUUAAGCCUGAAUCCCAGAGGGAUCGGUCACAGCCGCACACUCUUCUUGGUGAUGAAGAAUUAUCCCUGCACGCUGCGCCAGUAUCUGAAGGAGAGCUGUCCGGAUGUUCGUCUUUCCACGAUGAUGAUUUUACAGCUCUUGGAAGGCGUGGACCAUCUUGUUCGACACGGAAUAGCACACAGAGACCUGAAGUCUGACAACAUCCUGGUUGAAUUUGAUUCUGCUGGCUGCCCCUGGCUGGUGAUCACGGACUUCGGUUGCUGUUUGGCAGAUGAAAGCAUCGGCUUGAAGCUGCCUUUCACCAGCUCUGGCAUGGAUCGGGGCGGCAACGGCUCUCUGAUGGCACCCGAGGUGAGCACAGCAUCAUCAGGUCCGGGCGCGGUGAUCAACUACAGCAAAGCCGACGCUUGGGCUGUUGGAGCAAUUGCUUAUGAAAUCCUCGGCCUGGCCAAUCCUUUCUACGGCUACGGGGACUCAGCUCUGGAAAGCAGGACUUAUCUUGAAGAGCAGCUGCCGAGCCUGCCCGAUCACGUGCCGCCGGAGGUGAAACAAGUGAUAAAGAUGCUGCUUCAGAGGGAUCCCAAUAAGAGGUUGUCUGCUAGAGUUGCUGCUAACGUGCUUCACCUCAGCCUCUGGGGUGAAAGCGUUCUAGCAUCCAAGACCCUGCAGCCCGACCAGAUGAUCGCCUGGCUCCUCUGCCAGUCUGCGGCUGCUCUGCUGAUGGAUGGACUGGUGGAUAAAAGCCGGGUAGAAACCAAAAUGAAGAUGUGCUUUUUGGCAAACCUCGAGUAUGAAGACCUCUGGACAGCGCUAUUCCUGUUGCUGGCCUGGAGAAGCCGGUGUGGGUGAAGAGUC